UGAAGAACUGUAUAAAAUGGCCAAUGUACUUGCAGAUUGUGGAGGAUUACAGAUCAUGCUUGAUAGGCUAAAUGCUAUUCAAAAUGUUUCAAGGUCUAGACCACUUUUGCAAGUGCUACUUAAAUUAUUCAGAUUAUGUGUAAAAGUUAAAAAAUGCCAAGAAGUAUUAUGCAGGCCGGAUCUAAGUUCUGUAUCCGUAUUUUUGAAGGUCCUACAACUAUGUCUGCAAAGUGAAUCAGAUUCACAGUUAGCAUCUGUAACGGAACAAUUACUUGAUAUUAUGGAAACAAUACUUUCUAAGCCGCAAAUGAAUCACUAG